AUGGGGAAACUGAGGCCCCAGGAGUGCCAGACCUUGCCCAGGGCACAGAGGACAUCCCCAGCAGGUCUCCUCUGGCUGUCCUCCCCUCCACUUCCCCCUCCCCUCUCUCUCUCUGCCGUGGGCCCCCGGAGGGGUGAGAGGUGCCCCAGCCCGCGGCCUCAUGGAGCCUCUCCUUCCUCUGCAGGCAGUGAUUCGGGCAGCGAGUUGCUCCCCGACUCCUUCCCGUCCGCACCCGCCGAGCCGCUCCCCCACUUUCUCCAGGAGCCGCAGGACGCCUACAUCGUGAAGAACAAGCCCGUGGAGCUGCGCUGCCGCGCCUUCCCUGCCACGCAGAUCUACUUCAAGUGCAACGGCGAGUGGGUCAGCCAGAACGACCACGUCACGCAGGAGGACCUGGACGAGGCCACCGGCCUGCGGGUACGAGAGGUGCAGAUCGAGGUCUCACGGCAGCAGGUGGAGGAGCUGUUCGGGCUGGAGGAUUACUGGUGUCAGUGCGUGGCCUGGAGCUCCGCGGGCACCACCAAGAGUCGCCGGGCCUACGUCCGCAUCGCGUACCUGCGCAAGAACUUCGAUCAGGAGCCCUUGGGCAAGGAAGUGCCCCUGGACCACGAGGUUCUCCUGCAGUGCCGCCCACCAGAGGGGGUGCCUGUGGCUGAGGUGGAGUGGCUGAAGAACGAGGACGUCGUCGACCCCACCCAGGACACCAACUUCCUGCUCACCAUCGACCACAACCUCAUCAUCCGCCAGGCCCGCCUGUCGGACACCGCCAACUACACCUGUGUGGCCAAGAACCUCGUGGCCAAGCGCCGCAGCACCACGGCCACAGUUGUCGUCUAUGUGAACGGCGGCUGGUCCAGCUGGGCAGAGUGGUCUCCCUGCUCCAACCGCUGUGGCCGCGGCUGGCAGAAGCGCACACGGACCUGCACCAACCCCGCCCCACUCAAUGGAGGUGCUUUCUGCGAGGGCCAGGCCUUCCAAAAGACCGCCUGUACCACUGUGUGCCCAGUUGACGGAGCGUGGACGGAGUGGAGCAAGUGGUCGGCCUGUAGCACCGAGUGUGCCCACUGGCGCAGCCGCGAGUGCAUGGCGCCCCCGCCCCAGAACGGAGGCCGGGACUGCAGCGGGACUCUGCUCGACUCCAAGAACUGCACAGACGGGCUGUGCAUGCAGAAUAAGAAAACUCUAAGUGACCCCCAAAACCACCUCCUGGAGACCUCGGGGGAUGUGGCGCUGUACGCGGGUCUCGUGGUGUCCAUCUUCGUGGUCGUGGCCGUCCUCAUGGUGGUGGGGGUGGUCGUGUACCGCCGCAACUGCCGUGACUUUGACACUGACAUCACCGACUCCUCCGCCGCUCUCACUGGUGGCUUCCAUCCCGUCAACUUCAAGACUGUGAGGCCCAACAACCCACAGCUCCUGCACCCGUCGAUGCCUCCAGACCUCACGGCCAGUGCCGGCAUGUACCGCGGGCCCGUGUACGCCCUGCAGGACUCGGCCGACAAGAUCCCCAUGACCAACUCGCCCCUGCUGGACCCCCUGCCCAGCCUCAAGAUCAAGGUCUACAGCUCCAACACCACCAGCUCCGGGCCAGGCCUGCCAGAUGGGGCUGACCUGCUGGGGGUCCUGCCACCUGGCACGUACCCUGGUGAAAUCGCCAGGGAUGCCCACUUCCUGCACCUGCGCAGCGCCAGCCUUGGCUCCCAGCAGCUCCUGGGUCUGCCCCGUGACCCGGGGAGCAGCGUCAGUGGCACCUUUGGCUGCCUGGGCGGGAGGCUCAGCAUCCCCGGCACAGGGGUCAGCCUGCUGGUGCCCAAUGGAGCCAUCCCCCAGGGCAAGUUCUACGAGAUGUACCUCCUUAUCAACAAGGCAGAAAACACCCUCCCACUUUCAGAAGGGACCCAGACAGUAUUGAGCCCCUCCGUGACCUGCGGGCCCACGGGCCUCCUGCUGUGCCGCCCCGUCAUCCUCACGGUGCCUCACUGUGCCGAAGUCAGUGCCGGCGACUGGAUCUUCCAGCUCAAGACCCAGGCCCACCAGGGCCACUGGGAGGAGGUGGUGACCCUGGACGAGGAGACCCUGAACACCCCCUGCUACUGCCAGCUGGAGGCCAGGUCCUGCCAUAUCCUGUUGGACCAGCUGGGCACCUACGUGUUCACCGGUGAGUCCUAUUCCCGCUCGGCCGUCAAGCGGCUCCAGCUGGCCAUCUUCGCCCCCGCCCUCUGCACCUCCCUGGAGUACAGCCUCAGGGUCUACUGCCUGGAGGACACGCCCGUAGCACUGAAGGAGGUGCUGGAGCUGGAGCGGACCCUGGGCGGCUACCUGGUGGAGGAGCCGAAACCCCUGCUGUUCAAGGACAGUUACCAUAACCUGCGCCUCUCCCUCCACGACAUCCCCCAUGCCCACUGGAGGAGCAAGCUGCUGGCCAAGUACCAGGAGAUCCCCUUCUGUCACAUUUGGAGUGGCAGCCAGAAGGCCCUGCACUGCACCUUCACCCUGGAGAGGCACAGCCUGGCCUCCACGGAGUUCACCUGCAAGAUCUGCGUGCGGCAGGUGGAAGGUGAAGGCCAGAUAUUCCAGCUGCACACCACGCUGGCGGAGACGCCGGCUGGCUCCCUGGAUGCCCUCUGCUCUGCCCCUAGCAGCGUGGUGACCACCCAGCUGGGACCCCAUGCCUUCAAGAUCCCACUGUCCAUCCGCCAGAAGAUAUGCAACAGCCUGGAUGCCCCCAACUCACGGGGCAAUGACUGGCGGCUCUUGGCGCAGAAGCUCUCCAUGGACCGGUACCUGAACUACUUUGCCACCAAAGCGAGCCCCACGGGUGUGAUCCUGGACCUCUGGGAGGCUCUGCAGCAGGACGACGGGGACCUCAACAGCCUGGCCAGUGCCUUGGAGGAGAUGGGCAAGAGUGAGAUGCUGGUGGCCGUGGCCACUGACGGGGACUGCUGAGCUGCCCCAGCUGUGGCUAGUAGGGACUGGCAGGAGGCGGGCACAAGGAGGCCUGGGACAGCCUCCUGUGGGGCAGGUAGUCAGGCCUCCACUGCCCCCGGCUCACAGCCGGAGUCACCCUCCACUCUUCCUGUCCUUGCCCUGCCCCCAGACCACGACCAGCCUUAGGAAAUCCAUGUCCUCUGUCGGGAGGACCCAGUGCCCCUUCUCCAUCCCCUGCCUCUCUCCUGACCUCAGACCUCCAUGCAGGCCCCAAGGUGGGGCUGAGGCCUCUGGAGGCAGCUAAGGGAGCAAGGAGAGGCCACCCCCAGCCCCGGGACCUCUGGGUUACGUUUGUUAUAGUUGCGUUCUUCACUUUCUCCCUCAGUUCUUGAUUCUCCCUCCUCCCUGAGCCCCUUGUCCUUUCACACCAUUUUCCUCUUUUAAGAGUCAAGUACAAUUCACACAAACUGCUUUCGCCUGUCCAAAAGCAAAAAGGAAAAGGAAGGAAAGAAAGAAAGUUUCAGACCGCUAGUAAGGCUCAGAGAAGAAGAAAAACACCAAAACCACAAGGGAAAAGAAAAACCCAGUUUCUUAGGAAACGCAAGUGAUUUAUUAUCCAGAUAUUUGGAUAAGUCCUUUUUAAGAAAAAAAAGAAAAUGAAAAACAACACAAAAAA